GAGUAUCGUAUUCCUGAGAAGGUGUCGGUCCUUCGCCCCGCCGCGAUCCUUUCACACAGGGAAACUCUUGACAACUUGUUCCACUCGCUGGGCAAAGCCGGGGCGUGGGCGCGGGUGGCGUGAGGGGAGUUGUGAAGCGGCGGAGCCAAGAGGGCAGGGCACCUAGCGAGACCCUGAGUAAAGAAGAUUCCUGGGCUAUAAAAGAUGAAGAGUCUACUUUUCCUGGUGUUGAUUUCUUUCUGCUGGGCUGAUCAUCAUGUUGCCAACUUCACACUGGAGCAUGACAGAAUUAUUCACAUCCACGAAAAUGGACCUCGCCUCCUUGUGGAAGCAGAUCAAACAAAAAUCUUCUCACAACGGGGCGGCAAUGUUACACUGCCAUGUAAAUUUUAUCGUGACCAUGGAUCAUCUGACUCGGGAUCCCAUAAAAUUCGGGUCAAGUGGACCAAACUCACCUCAGAUUACCUCAAGGAAGUGGAUGUCUAUGUUGAAAUGGGAUAUCACAAAAAGAGCUAUGGGAAUUACCAAGGAAGGGUUUUCCUGAAGAAAAGCACUGAAAAUGAUGCCUCCCUUGUAAUCACAAAUAUAAUGCUGGAGGAUUAUGGGAAAUACAAAUGUGAAGUGAUUGAAGGUUUAGAAGAUGACACAACUGUCAUAUCUCUGGACUUAGAAGGCAUUGUAUUCCCUUACUUCCCACGACUGGGUCGUUACAACUUAAACUUCCACGAGGCUCAGCAAGCCUGCCUGGACCAAGAUGCAGUUAUCGCUUCAUUUGACCAGUUGUACGAUGCGUGGAGAGCAGGCCUGGACUGGUGCAAUGCUGGCUGGCUCAGCGACGGGUCGGUGCAAUAUCCCAUUACGCAUCCCAGGGAGCCUUGCGGUGGGAAGAAUACAGUGCCUGGAAUCCGGAAUUAUGGCUUCUCAAAUAAAGAUCAAAGUAGAUACGAUGUCUUCUGUUUUACAUCCCAUUUUAAUGGCCGUUUUUACUACCUAAUACACCCAACCAAGCUGACCUACGACGAAGCAGUGCAUGCCUGCCUCAAAGAUGGUGCACAGAUUGCUAAAGUAGGCCAAAUGUUUGCAGCCUGGAAACUCCUGGGAUACGACCGCUGUGAUGCCGGCUGGCUGGCUGAUGGCAGCGUCCGCUACCCCAUCUCUAGGCCAAGGAAACGCUGCAGUCCUACUGAAGCAGCAGUCCGCUUUGUGGGCUUUCCCGAUAAAAAGCACAAGCUCUAUGGUGUCUACUGCUUUAGGUCAUACCAGUGAAUGUACCUAGAGCACAACAACAUCCGAAUCCAUCAUGUGAAGGAUUUUGUUUCAACGAACUCAUGCAAGUUACCAAAACUGUGAUGAAUCUUUUUUACUUACUGUAAAGAGUCAUUUUCAUAAAAAAAAACCCAACCUAUUAAUUUGUUUUGGUUAUUUUUU